AUGUAUUGUAGAUACUUUGACUGUGAACAGAAGGAAAUUCCUGGGACGGCAUGGCUUGGGAGAGUAUUUCCAGAGUCUGUAGUGGAGUGUCCUAGAAGAAAUGGAGCAGAAUUUGUGUCUGUAUCGAAAACUUUGGAAGACGAGGCUCCAACACCUGUGAGGCUAACAUUUAGAGUUUAUGAUGAACCAGUCCAUGAGCUAUCUGUCUGUAUGUCUCCAAUGUACGGAAAUCAGUCUACAUGGCUUCAAAUUGUAGAUUUCAUUGAGCAUCACAAACUAGAAGGAGCUAGUUUCUUCUAUUUUUAUGUGGGACAAGUAUCGAAAUACGAUGAGAGAAUGUUGAAUGAUUAUGUUAGAACUGGAGAAGUAGAAGUGACAAGACUACAAGAUAAAUAUGAACGAGUUUUUAUGGCAUGGCAGUUUCUACAGAUUCAGGAUUGUCAUCUCCGGAGUAAAUAUCAUUCGAAGUGGACAGCCUUCAUCGAUAUAGACGAGAGAAUUGCUGCAAAUGGACAAAGGAUGGUAGAGGUUCUCCGGUCGAUUCAAGAUCCAACGAUUGGAGAUGUACAACUGCAAAGUUUAAGUGUGGUCAGAGAUCAAGACUAUCCGGAUAAAUAUUUGAACUUGGAGGAGUUAGAGAAGGAACUUAUAUUCAAAAAGUUUAACGAUUCAAUUGAUCCGGUGUGGCAAGGGUUGAAAACUAUUAUAAGGCCUAAUAAGAUUGGAAUAAUGGGUAUACAUGCAGCAGUUGCACAGUAUCCAGGAAUUAAAACAUUGCAAUUGAAUUCUACACAGACAGUAGUGAGACAUCUGCGAAGCACAAAGAAUCGAGUAUUCGGAUCAGACUGGCACAUAACUCCAAAUGAGAAUGGAACACUUCCUGUCCUCAAGAAGAGACCACUUCCAGAUGAGUUCUGUAAAGAACUGAGAGAGGCGAUCGUCAAAAGAGUUCUUCAUGUCUAUGAGAUAAUUCCUGUCAAUUGUUCAACUAUUCCAACCGAGUUGACAGAGACAAUACGACAUCCAGAUCCCUGUAAACAGCCGUGGGCUCAGUUUUAG